GGCAAUGGGACAGGGCUGCAGGAGCAGCAAUAACAGCAGCAGCCGUGGCAGCAGCAGCCCCUUUGAUUUAACUGCAGAAAAUGGAAAGAAGCAAACCGCCUCUGUAAAUGUCUCUGUGAGGAUUUUAGCUGGUGAAGAGACUACUUUAGAACCAAAUGGAAACUUGGACUUCCACAUGUAUCCCUGGGUGAAAUUCCUGGCAAGACAUGACCCCGGUGACUUUGAUUCAGCUCCUGAGCAGCGCUGCUGCUGUUGUGGAAUUCUCUGGAGAUUGCACAGUGACAGUUUCUGCUGAUUUUCAGGGAAAAUAAAGGCACCCCACUAACGGAAUCAAAGCUAAAGAGAAGCCCUGCAGAGGGCUGAGAUGGAGCCUUGGGUCCCUCUGCAGCAGUCCCACCAUUGGGAGAGACCUGCCGAGCAGUCCAAGAGCCCAAAUCAGGAGCUCCAAAAGGAUGGCUACCCCAAGCCCAUGUCCCACCCUGGGCGAAAUGGCGAGGGACGUUUCGAGCAUCUAGACCAGAGAGGAGACCCCUUGCCCUGGCCAGACCCACAGGGAGACUAUCAGCCGCUCGGUCACCCAUACAGACCAGCCGAACCCAACAGGCCAGAGACCUGGCCCCAGAACUAUGAGGGAGAGCCUCCGGUUCAGUCAUUUCCAAGGCUAGGCUACGAGGACCCUUACCAGCACUACCCCUCUCCAAGGACCAGGGAAGAAUAUGCUUAUGGAGGUUAUUAUCGUGGAUACCCAGACCUGUGGCAGGAAGAAAGAGUGCCAAAGCCAGGAAGCCCCUACAUCAUGCACGAAAAUUAUUGGUAUCAAAACUACCCCGGGAACUACCACCAUAAUCGUCUGGACAGCUCAUUCGGCACCAACAGUGACCCCCAGUCCCGGGCUAAAAAUUAUGAUGCUUACAAGCCGAGCCCCACCCCUGGCUCCAAGCAGAAGAAAUCUGGAAGAGACCACCAAGACGUUGCUUCAAACAUGCUGGAAGAGGUGGAGUCCAGCAGGGAGCAAAAAGAGUUACCAACAGCUGAUGAACCCAGUAUGCUCCAGCACUAUAAGGACUCUGGCCUGAGUUCCAGCAGCUACGAACUCAGUCAGUACAUGCCAGACCCAUCGGAUCACAAUUACCUCAUGCAGUCUGAGUCUUGGAAUCUGGGAUCAGCAGAUGACACCUCGUCAGACAACCCUCCGGCACCCAUGAAAUAUUUCGUUCCUCAUGUACCCAUGUGCUUUGGCCCAGGGGGCCAGCUGGUGCGGGUACGUCCCAACUCUCCAACUGACGGGCAAACCGCUCUUGUUGAAGUGCAUAGUCUGGAGGUUAUUCUCAGUGACACCAAGGAGCAGGAGGAUAUGAGGGCCUUCUCAGGGCCUCUGAUCAGGGAAGAUGUGCACAAGGUGGAUGUGAUGACGUUUUGCCAGCAGAAAGCCGCUCUGUGUCGCAAGUUGGAUACUCCGAAGGGCAAAGAGUCAGCCCUACUCUGGCAGCUGCUGGUCCUCCUCUGUCGGCAGAAUGGGUCAAUGGUGGGAUCGGACACAGCUGAGUUGUUGAUGCAAGACUGCAAGACCUCGGAGAAAUACAAGCGUCAGGCACCACCGCCGGCCAACCUGAUCAACCUGACUGAUGAGGACUUGCCUGUGCACAGCUCUCGGACCCCGAAUCUCCUCACAGGGGAGGUCCCACCCAGCGUGGCCACCCCGGCUCAGGUUGUCGAGAAAUUCACCAAACUUCUCUUCUAUGGCAGAAAAAAGGAAGCCCUUGAGUGGGCCAUGAAGAACCAUUUGUGGGGCCACGCUCUGUUCCUGUCCAGCAAGAUGGACCAGAGGACCUACACCUGGGUCAUGAGUGGCUUCACCAGCACGCUGGCCCCCAGUGACCCCCUGCAAACUCUUUUCCAGCUCAUGUCUGGGCGGAUCCCUCAGGCAGCAACGAGCUGCGGGGACAGGCAGUGGGGAGACUGGAGGCCACACCUGGCAGUGAUGCUGUCCAACCAGGCGGGAGACCCAGAGCUGAACAAGAGAGCCAUCGUGACCAUGGGUGACACCCUGGCUGGGAAAGGCCUAGUGGAGGCUGCGCAUAUCUGCUACCUCAUGGCCCGCGUGCCUUUUGGUCACUAUGCUAGGAAGGCAGAUCACCUGACCCUGCUGGGGAGCAGCCACAGUCAGGCAUUUAUAAAAUUUGCCACGACGGAAGCUAUUCAGAGGACGGAAAUUUUCGAAUAUUGCCAGAUGUUGGGUCGUCCCAAAUCCUUCAUCCCUUCUUUCCAGGUCUACAAGCUCGUUUAUGCCUCCCGCCUGGCCGAUUAUGGGCUCACGUCUCAAGCCUUGCAUUACUGUGAAGGGAUCAGCUCAGCGCUCCUCUCCCAGAAGGAGAGCAAGCACCCGGUGCUGUUAGUGGAGCUCAUCAAGUUAGCCGAACGACUGAAAUUGUCAGACCCCCUUCUUUUGGAAAGACCUCGGCGAGGGAAGACAUUGGAGCCAGAUUGGCUGGUCCAUCUCCGAGACAGACACAGAGAGCUGGAGGUCAGUGUGAGGAGUGAGGUGGAAAAACACAAGGAGAGCCAUGGAGAACACAGCCCAGCCAUUUUAAGAAUCAGCGAAUCAGAUACUACCGUGUGCCAAGAUCCUGGGAAGUCACACCCCCGGGUGUACCCCUCCUACGUGCAGCCUCUGCCUGCGGGACAGAGUCACAACCCACUAGGCCUGUGGGAGCACCACCCUUCCUCUCAGCCAGGCCCCAGUUCUGUGGGGGGUCAGCCGGGCCAGCUCAGCAAAUCGGAGCCGCUCUAUGCCACGCCCAAGGUCUACCCUACUGCCUCCGGCCACAUGGGGGCCAACCCGACUUCACCAGAGAGAGUCCAGAAUUCAGAGGCUCCCACCGUUCCUUCAGAAUCUCAGUCCUCGCUGACACCCAGGUCCCGAAGCAUCUCCAGGACCUCCACCAUCUCCUUGGAGGAGGAGGAUAGGGAGGGCAUGGACUCCGUGGAUGAUGCUGCCCUAGGGGCCAAUGGAGAGGAAGAGAAUAAUAAGAGCUCGGGGUUCGGCUGGUUCAGCUGGUUCCGACCCAAGUCUACCAAGACUGUGGCACCAGCUGAGGAAGAGAACUCCUGGAACGACUCUGAACCUGAGCAGACACUAUUUCAUCCCCAGGAAAUGGCUUCAGCUGCUUCACCCUCACCCUUUCUGCCCCCUUCACUACCUCACUCAGGGGCCAACCCAUUUUCCAGAAGUGAGGGUGGAGCCAUGAGAGGUGGAGAUAAAGCUGUGGGCUUACAGGCCGGAGGUGUGCCGAUGACUGAGGGUAUCUCCCAUGAUUCAUACUUUGGCCCUGGGACUCUACCUCCUCCUCCUCCAAGUGGGGCGGUCCCUCUCUACAACCCCUCUCAGAUGUCCCAGCUCACCUCUACCAUGGCCACAGGGCUGAAUCGGCCAAACCGCCUUGCCCAGAGACGCUAUCCAGCUCAGCCAUGAUGAGGACCAUUCACCUUCUCCCCCGUCCCAGGCUCCUCUUCCAAGGACUUGCUCUUUGGGUUUAUCCUUCCCCAGGCCUGGAAUAAGUGCUGCUUUCACAUCUGGUUUAUUCUCCGUCUUUCCGCUGCCCUGGCCCCAUCUGGUCUGUGACCUCAAGAAGCUGAAAUGGUCUUUGUCCAAUGGUCAGAGAGAGAGAGCGAGAGAGAAAAAGUGUGUGUGUGUGUGUGUGUGUGUGUGUGUGUGUGUGCGCGCGCACGUGCACCUCUGGUCCAGUGUCUGAACUGCAGUAAGCAACUGAGAAAUGGUUUCAUUAAGGGGAAAAAUACCUCAAGCAAACAUGGUACCAGUAAACAGGGAACAAACACAGUGGCAGCAUCCUGCCCCAUGGAAAAAUGGAGGACUUUUUACUUGAGGCAUUUUGACUCCACUGGAGUAAAGCCCAGUGGGUGUCCUACUGAAGAGAACAUUCCUGAACUGAUGGGGAGAUUCCCAUGAAUCCCAUUGGACAGCCAUCCCUAAGAUCACAGCAUAGACAAAGGCAUGUGAUCAUGUGGGAGAAAAAUCUGAGAUUGGAAUCUCCUCCCUAUUAUACUCUUCUUACCGUUCUCCUGCUCAUCAUGAGCUAGGAGAGUUUUUGGUUAUUCCGUGUCCCAUUUUCUCUUAAGUUCAUAGUUCAUUCUUGUCCCUUGAAAGGAUGCUUCGCUCUAGGGGCAUAUGGUGGUGUCUUCACAAAGGGAUUUCUUAAAGUAAUUGAGUCCCAGUUCCCCCCCAGGCCUUUACUUUGCUGGCCCUAUUUUUCCCUUUCCAGGUUGAUGUGACAUUGAGGUUGCUCGAGACAUGCUGUGUCACUAUAAUGAUUGCCUCCAAGUGUAAGGUCAACACAGGCCUUGAUGGACUGGGAACAGAGGAACCCGGAGAGUGGGGGAGUCACAGAGCAUGGACCCCUGCUGCACUGCACAUGCCAGGACUCUUUAUAGCUGUAGCAGUGGGUGUGUGGAAGUAAUGUAUAGAGGGAUUGGAGAUUUCUGGAUCUCAUGGCCUUGAGGGUCCCCCCCCAAUAAUCUGGGAACCCUUGAAGGCAGUGGACCCUAGAUGAUUGUCCAAUAUAUCCAGUACUUAAGUGGCUUGGUGCAGGUGGUUGCAAAAUCAGUUUUUGAACAUGUACUCUCAUUUCCAUCCCUCUGUGAAGAUAAUUUUCUUUCUUGAUUGCCUCUCCCUGACACAGGGAUCUCUGGAGAUCCAGUGUGGAAGUGGCCUGUCCUGGGGAUGGCUGUUUCUUCCCUAACCUCCAAUAACAAAACCAAACCAUGAAAACAUUAGCUGGGACCUCUCAAGGCUAAAUUGAUACUGUCUUCCUCAAACACAGCUCCUCUCUGUUCAAAUUGGUUUAUGAUUACUUCCUACAGAGAUUGUUAUUGUAUGUAUGAUUGUACAUACUGGUUUGUAUUUUGAUGUAUCAUUGGCUGUAAUGUUUAUAGAAA